AUGAUCCGCCGAGGGUCGAGCUCGUCGCUUUCCAGCAGCAGCAGCGAUGUCAACUUCGAUGAUGUGGAUGAUCACCAAGUCUUCGGCUACCUCGAAGACGACGAUGACUCAAGGCUGGCCAGUCCUGGCAAUCGACCCAGAAGCCCAAGUGCAGAUUUCCGCUUAAAUUUCUCUCCGAGGAUCAACGCUUCGAUAGCCCCCCCUCGUCAGACCACUCGCAAAAGUAAUGCUACUGCGAAGCCCCGUUCCCCUCCCUUAACUGCGAAAAAAAGUAUCGUGAAGGGUCAGUCGUCGUUGACUCCAGUAUCAAAGAUCUCUUCUCAUAAACGAGAAAACUCAUCGGCAAACGUGUUGCAUGCCUCAAUAGACUCCGAUCGGUGCUCCUUUUUCGAGCUAGCACCUGCAAGGGUGGCGGCAUCAAAAGCAGCUGAAAGUGGCACAGGAACACAGCCUCUACGAAAUACGGAUGCUCUUGUAGCCGCCUUAGUGUCCUUGCAGACUCAGGUGGAGCUGCUGGCCACUGAGAAAUCUCAAUUGGAAGGCGAAGUGAUCACAGCACGAACGGCAAUCGAAAACUUGGAGCAAAAAGUGGUCGCUUCGGAGCUGUCGAGCGACCUGUUUGCACGCCAGCUUGCUAAUGUAAAAGAGAGUUUCCAGGCGAAGCUGAUGGCUCGUGAAGAAGAGGUAGCUCUUGAAAAAAUGACGCUCGGGAAGGAGAAAGAGACGCAACUGCAGCAUCAACAGGCUCGAUUUAGUACUGAGGCCGUGCUGUGGAAGCAUGAGAUCGCAGCUUUAACGAAGGUUAAGCUAGAACUGGAGAAUGAAAGCGACCGCCUAAACAAGGUGGUAGAUGACGAGAAACAUACUCGUAUAAGCGAGGAACUGCAAAUUCUCUCUAAAGAAAAGAAGCGAUUCGAGCUCGUGCAGAUUGAGAUCCAGGAGCUUAAGUCUGAACUGGCAGAUGAUACGAAGAAACAUGAAGUUCAACGCCAACAACUCGAGGCACAAAAAUGCAAAUUGCUGCUUGAUAAGAAAGAUGAAGCUGCCGAGUGGGAGCGUGAGCGACACGUUUCCUCUCGUCAGAAUGAAAAGGAGAAAGCGAAACUCCUGCGCUUUGCACAGGAAGUCCGUGGCCUGCACCAUCUUCUCCAAUUGUCUGUGGUUGAGACCCGGAAGCUUUUUAACUUUGAAGUAAAAAAAGUAGAGGAAACAUUGCAGAACAUCCAGCAACAAGCCAGCGAGCUCGCUGUUCAUCAUAGUGACCGUGACAUGGCCUUAAUGUCACGAAAUGGUCGUAUUCUUCAACUGGAGUCUCAGCGCAAAAACGAUCGGCAAACGAUCAAGCAGCUAGAGGCUACACUGGUUAGAUCCACACGAGUGCUCGAGAAGAAAUACGAUGUUCUGAAGGCAAAGUAUGAGGAACAGAAAGAGCAUCUGGAGAUCACGUUGGCUGUUCGUCAAGGACUCACCACGGACUUACAGGCUAAGAGGAAGCAGGUCACAGAGCUGGAACGAGACGUGGCACGACUCACCCGUGCUAAGGGCAAGACUGACGUGACGCUGAAGCACUCACAGCAGCAGAUUAUAGCAAUGCAAAAGGUUCACGCUCAUGAGUUGGGGAAGCUGAUAAAGAGAUCGCCCGCCAGCAAGAUCGAACAUGUGACGUCGUCAUAUCACCCUCAAGAGGAAUGUGUACAUUCACGUGCUUUCUUCCUGACUGAAAACUGA